AUGGCCGCCCCCGUUGAGAACCAGAACCCCCCUGCGUCAAAGUAUGACGAUUAUGACUUCCCGACAACGGCGCCGGAGUCUAAGAGCGGCCACCCUGGCCAUACCACCCCCGAGCAGGACGCCAAGGUCGAACAGCUCCGGAGUGAGCUGGAGAAGGAGGGCUACACCAAGCGUCUAGAUACCCUCACCUUGCUGCGUUUCCUCAGAGCCCGCAAGUUCGAUGUGGCCGCCGCGAAGACCAUGUUCGUGGACUCUGAGAAGUGGCGCAAGGAGUUCGGCACCGACGACCUCGCUCGUACUUUCGACUACAAGGAGAAGCCCGAGGUGUUCAAGUACUACCCCCAGUACUACCACAAAACCGACAAGGAUGGAAGACCCGUCUACAUCGAAAAGAUGGGCAAGAUUGACCUGAACGCCAUGUACAAGAUCACCACCUCCGAGCGCAUGCUGCAGAACCUCGUCACCGAGUACGAGAAGCUCGCCGACCCCCGCCUGCCCGCCUGCUCGCGGAAGUCCGGCAAGCUGCUGGAGACCUGCUGCACCAUCAUGGACCUGAAGGGUGUUGGAAUCACGAGCAUCCCCUCCGUCUACGGAUACGUUCGCCAGGCGUCCGGUAUCUCGCAGAACUACUACCCCGAGCGACUGGGCAAGUUCUACCUGAUCAACGCCCCCUGGGGGUUCAGCGGCGCGUUCAACGUGGUCAAGGGCUUCCUGGACCCCGUCACCGUCGACAAGAUCCACAUCCUCGGCUCCGACUACAAGAAGAAGCUCUUGGAGCAGGUCCCCGCCGAGAAUCUGCCCGUCGAGUUCGGCGGUAGCUGCCAGUGCGCCGGUGGCUGCGAGAUGAGCGACAUGGGUCCCUGGCAAGAGGCGGAAUGGGCCAAGACCCCCAAGUGGGCUGUGCCCCAGGAGGACUCGAACGUGGUCAAGAACGAGGAUGCCGGUAUUGAGCAGAAGACCGAGGCUCAUCCCGAAGGCUCCCAACCCAGCGCAUAA